AUGGCGCAAACCGUUCUCGUCCUCGGUGCAACUGGCACUCAGGGCGGAUCUGUUGCAAAGCUACUGCUUCAGUAUCCACAACAGUACCAAGUCCGAUGCCUUACCCGAAACCCAGAUUCAGACAAAGCGAGAGCCUUGGCUGCACAGGGAGCCGAGCUGAUCAAGGCGGACUUGACUAUUCCUUCGACCUUGCCAGAGGCCUUCCAAGGUGUCUGGGGUGUCUUUGCUGUCACUGACUUCUAUGAUACGGCCGUCCUUGAUGACCCCAUGAGCGAGGAAAAACAGGGCCAGCAUAUUGUUGAAGCGGCAAUGGCAGCAGGCGUUGAGUGCUUCUUAUGGAGCACACUGCCAAGUUCCCGCGAGAUCUCCGGGGGCAAAUUUGUGACUCGAUUGUACGAAGGCAAACAAUCCGUCGACGCUGUUAUCCGGGCAGCUGGCCUCAAGGGCUGUUUUAUCCGGACUGGAAACUUUUAUGAAAACAUGAUCUUGCGUAAAUAUGCCUCUUAUGACAAGGACACCGAUGUUAUCACCAUGACCCGACCCAUCAUUGGGCCCGAUGCCGAACUCACAUCACUUUAUGUCGAAAAAGAUCUCUCGGCUGUCUGUAAGGCUGUCUUUGAUCAGUGGGAGACGAAAAAGGCCAGUCUCGACGGCAAAUAUUUUCUCGCCAGUGGGGCCCGCGAGACUAUGGGGCAGAUCAACACCGUCCUCGAGAAGGUCUCUGGGAAGAAGGUCAUUUACAAGGUCAAGCCGACGUGUGGCAUUCCAGAUCGCGACAUCAUGCUGCAGUUGUACAACAACGUUGGCAUGUACCCUGGAGUCGAAAUCCCGCCUCCUGAGGUGCUUGAGCUAGGAGUGAAACUCCACAGCGCCGAAGAUUUUAUUAAGGAGAGACUGCUUCCGCAUCUUGGUAUUUCGCCGGUGAAUUAG